AUUAAAUGGACGGCCAUCUUUUCCCCACUGGAUUGCUCUUUGCUUUGGAAAAAUUUGUUCAGGAUGCUUCAUUAUUGGCCUGGCUUGCUUCUCAAACAAACCACUUGGAAAAAGGAACAUUCAGAUUGACAUCCGUCCACAAGGCAUCCUGUGAACACACUUGUGCUUCCUCUCUCCCUUUCUCCUUGGCUCACAACAAGAAUACUCCAUCCUCAACAGCAGGAGCUCUCUGCCAUGGGUCAAAACUCUUCGCUUCACAGGAAAACCUUGCUUCUUGUUCCCACCACAGACUGGGAGCCACUAUUCACCCAGGGCAUCAGCCCUCUUUCUGGGACUAUGUGUUUCUCAUUGUCAACAAGUUCUGACAACAGUGGCUAGGAAGACUGUUCAGCUUCAUCUAGACAGACCCAUCAGCUGAAGAGGCGCCAAGAAAAAGAGUGGGGUUUCUUCUCUCCCUCGUCCUUCAGUUCUGCUGGGGGAGGGGGGACAACCCAGGGUCCUACUUGGUCUAGGCAAGCAUCUACCACUGAGUUGCACUCCAAUCCACCAUCACUAUUGUCCACUGAUUCUCAGGAAGCAGUGAGGAGUUAAAGGCUCUAUUCCAAUCAUUUGAAGCAGCCCUUGUCUCUCUGGACCUGUCUUGCAUGGUCUGAGAACAGAAAAGAACUAUCAUCCAGGACUUAAUUUUUUCACGAGUGAUAAUUUUACCAGCAUCUGGCACAUAGUAUGAGCUCAUGCUUGUCGAAAUUAGUGCCUCUACUUUACAGUGUUGAAACUGAGGUUCCGAAAAUGAGGAUGUCUCAGACCACUGUGAAAGCAUCAGCUCAGCUUCAGCACGCAGUAGGAGUUUUGGGGAAGGGGCAGGGAUAGUCCAGAGCUUUUUGGUUGAAGGUCCCCAAAACAGCACUGGAGGGAGGAGCCCAGGGCAUAUGCAAAUACAACACUGAGAGCCUUCGAGUUGUCCUGCUCCAGAGGGGCGGGGCGUGCCCUGCUGUUGCUGGUGACAGGUGCUCAGGGUUGUGCAGGGCAAGGAGUGGCUCUGCAGGUUGAAGUGCUGUUGUUCGCUGAGGCUCAUCUCGGGCAAUGCUCCUGCUCUGGGCCCUGCUGGCCCUCGGAUGCCUGCGGUGUGGCUGGACUGUGAACCUCCAGCCCCAACUGGCCAGCGUGACUUUUGCCACCAAUAACCCCACCCUCACCACCGUGGCCUUGGAGAAACCUCUGUGUCUGUUUGAUAGCUCGGAGCCACUCAGCGGUACUUACAACGUUUACCUCUAUGCCAUGGUAGACUCAGCCAGCUCCAGGAAUGUGUCUGUACAGAGCAGCGCCGGAACUCCACUGAACACCACCUCCCAGCAAACCCAGGGCGGGAGGUCGGGCCCCUACAAAGCUGCGGCCUUUGACCUGACCCCUUGCGGUGACUUGCCCAGCCUGGAUGCUGUUGGAGAUGUGAGCCAGGCCUCGGAGAUCCUGAACGCGUACCUAGUCAGGGUGGGCGACAACGGGACCUGCCUUUGGGACCCCAACUUCCAGGGGCUCUGCAACCCACCCCUGACGGCGGCUACUGAGUACAGGUUCAAAUACGUCCUGGUCAACAUGUCCACAGGCUUGGUACAAGACGAGACUCUAUGGUCGGAUCCCAUCCGUACCAACCGGCCUAUCCCGUACUCAGCCAUCGACACGUGGCCGGGCCGGCGGAGCGGAGGCAUGAUUGUCAUCACUUCCAUUCUGGGCUCCCUACCUUUCUUCCUGCUCGUGGGCUUUGCUGGAGCCAUUGUCCUCAGCCUUGUGGACAUGGGCAACUCUGAUGGGGAAACAACACACGACUCACAGAUCACCCAGGAGGCUGUCCCCAAGACCCUGGGGACCUCCGAGCCUUCCUACGCGUCUGUGAACCGUGGCCCACCCCUAGACAGAGCCGAGGUGUUCACCAGCAAGCUCCAAGACUGAAAUGAGUCCCCGUCCCAGGUGGUGGCCUCCUCUCAGCCUGGUUUUGCAGUCUGCACUGAUGGUGUUUAUUAUGCUCUUACCGGACCAAAGAUGAAACAAAGGUUGUUGGUCCAGCUUCAUGA